AUGGAGUACUCGUCUAUGUGUGUAGCUCUGGCGUUGGCCGUGGUGGCGGCCACGCUCGCCGUGACGCCGUGUGCGGCCCAGAACUCGCCGCAGGACUUCGUGAAACCGCACAACGCGGCGCGCGCGGCCGUGGGCGUCGGCCCGGUGUCGUGGGACGAGAACGUGGCCGCCUUCGCGCGGAGCUACGCGGUGCAGCGCCAGGGCGACUGCAGGCUCGUGCACUCUGGCGGCGGGCCCAACGGCUACGGUGAAAACAUCUUCUGGGGCAGCUCCGGCAAAGACUGGACCGCGUCGGACGCCAUCGGCUGGUGGGUGGGGGAGAAGCCGGACUACGACUACAACAGCAACAGCUGCGCGAAGGGGAAGGUGUGCGGCCACUACACGCAGGUUGUGUGGCGCAAGUCCACCGCCAUCGGCUGCGCCCGCGUCGUCUGCAACAACGGCGGUGGCGUCUUCAUCACUUGCAACUACAACCCGCCGGGCAACUACGCCGGGGAGAAACCCUACUAG